AUGGAGAAAGUAAAGGCUAAGUUGCCCUCAUGGGACAAGACGAAGACUCAAAGCAAGAAGGGCUUCGAUAAAGUGUGGGGAUGGGCCGAUAAGCUUGGAGCGCCCGUCAACAGACUCUCCAAUCGCAUCGGCAGCGAAGCUUUCUGGCCGACGACCUUGGACAAGGAAAGCGAUAAGGCGGCUAGGAUUUUAAGAUCAUUUUGCAAGGAUGGUUUCUAUACUGAGGAAGAGAAGCCAGCUGAUCAAGCUGGCCCCAAGCAGAAGCAGAGGGUCUUGAAAAAGAUCCCACAGAAAGUCAUUCAGAAUGCUGUUGGCCUUGCAAUCUUCACCACAAUGCGUACCGGUCUGUGGAUCUCCGGAGCCGGCGGUUCCGGCGUCCUGGUGGCCCGCAAGGAAGACGGAUCCUGGUCGCCCCCAUCCGGCAUCAUGUUACAUACGGCGGGCUUGGGAUUCCUAGUUGGUGUAGAUAUUUAUGAUUGCGUAGUGGUGAUCAACAACCGCAAGGCUCUCGAGGCUUUCACGAAGAUCCGAGCGACUCUAGGCGGCGAGAUCAGCGCAGUUGCUGGACCGGUGGGAGCUGGUGGAGUUCUGGAGAACGAUGGCAAGUGGAAACAAGUAAACAAGCCAGUAUUUACUUAUCUCAAGUCACGGGGGUUCUACGCUGGUGUUCAGGUUGACGGCACUGUCAUCAUCGAACGAACGGACGAAAAUGCACGGUUUUAUGGGGAGACGAUAGGGGUUGCGGACAUCUUGGCCGGGAAAGCUCGACAUCCACCACCGGAAAUCAAGUUGUUGAUGGAGACUCUGAAGGCUGCAGAGGGCCGGACUGACGUUGAUGAGGAGCUCAUGGACGAGCUAGAAGGGCAGCCGGCACCAGGAGAUGUGUCCGUUGAUGCUCCAACCGACGGCAAGCUCUUUGGUAUCCCAGAUCCGGACGAUCCAGACCCGUUUGGUGUGCAUGCUUUGGAACAAGAAGGGCUCGAAAUCCGUGAUGCGGCAACUCGCUCUAGGCCGUCAAGUCAGCAAUUUGAAUACCACCCCAGUCCUACAAGUCCCAUUUACAGCAAGUUCAACCGCAGAAAACCUGUCAUCAUUACUCCAAUCGCGACUGACGCUACCAACGGAGUGGCUCACGUAGAGGCGGCAGAAGACGAUGACCGGAGUAUCUAUGAGGAUGUUGCUGAGUCAGAUAUCAUGAGCCCGGAUGGGAUACCUGUCAACCAUAAACAAGCUGCGCAAGAAAAAGACAUUAGAUCUGAUGACGGAAUCGAGACGAAAGCAACUAAUGGAGCAGUACCAGCCGAAAACAGUCCGGCCCGUGUGCCCCCACCGUUACCACCAAGAGCUGCUUCAUCUUCUGAGCCGGCUUUCGAAGAUGUGAGCCUGAAGGAUGCCUGA